AUUGCUCCAUAUUUAUUAAGUAUUCGCUCGAACAACCUCAUUCAGUCUCAUACAUUAAUACAUAAACAAUUAUUCCCCAAAGCUUUCCUCAUCCAACAGACAACCCCUAAUCGUCACAGUAAAAUAAACGCCACCAAAACCCCAUAUCAGCAUGUCAGCCGCCUCAAGCCCAUUUCCAAGUAUAGUUGUUACAGGAGGCACCAUUGGCUCAAUAAUCGUCGGGUGCAAACUACAAGUCCUUCAUGGUCAACCUCCAGAGUAUCGUAAAGCUGAGAUCCUUUCUAUGCGACCAGCACCCAGUGUAGACGAUCCCAACCGCUGCGAAUACUAUGUUCAUUAUUCUGACUACAACAAACGUCUGGAUGAAUGGGUUGCACCAGAAAGACUCAAUUUGCAUGGCGAAAUUGAAUAUCCUAAAGUUAAGAAGGCAAAAGCUGUACUUGCAGGCAUUGGCAAAGAAACUGGUAAGGGCUCAGAACCAGGCACACCUGGAGGACGAGUCUCAAAGAAUAAUCGAAAGAGCCAGCUGAGCAAAGCAGCCACGACAGGAAAGGGAGCAGACUCUGCAGCAGCCCCAGGGACCUCUGGAUCAAACAAACGUAAGGCAUCCGCUAUGGAAGAAGGAAGCAGUAGCCAGGAAAAGACAGCUAUUGGAGUCACUCCGAGUAUUCAGGUCAACGGUGAAGACGAAGAUGAAGAUGAAGACAUGAAUGGAGAGAAUGAUUCCGUCAUAGGAGGUCAAGAAGAGAAUGGAGAGGUGUUUUCAAAGGAACAGGAGAUCGAAAAACUCCGGACAUCAGGCUCUAUGACUCAAAAUCCUCAUGAGGUCGCUCGUGUCAAGAAUUUGAACUUAAUACAAAUUGGGAAGCAUGAAGUCGAGACUUGGUACUUUUCUCCUUAUCCGGUUGAAUAUGCGCACUUACCUAUCCUAUACAUCUGUGAGUUCUGCUUAUCUUAUUUUCCAGCAGUGAAACAGCUCUCUCGGCAUCGUCUCAAAUGUACAUUGCAGCAUCCACCGGGCAACGAGAUAUAUCGCAAGGAUGACAUUUCAUUUUUUGAAAUUGAUGGGCGGAAGCAAAAAGUAUAUUGUCGGAACCUUUGCUUAUUGUCAAAGCUCUUUCUGGACCACAAAACACUUUAUUAUGAUGUGGAUCCUUUCUUAUUCUAUGUAAUGACGAUGCGGGAUGAGGAUGGAGCACAUUUCAUUGGUUACUUUUCCAAGGAGAAGGAAUCUACAGAGCAAUACAAUGUCGCAUGUAUUUUGACGAUGCCGCAAUAUCAGAGGAUGGGAUUCGGCCGAUUAUUGAUUCAGUUUUCGUACGAGCUAUCAAAGGUUGAGAAAAGGUUGGGAUCACCCGAAAAGCCAUUGUCAGAUUUGGGGCUAUUGUCAUACCGAGCGUUCUGGUCCGAGAUCAUUGUCCAGAUGCUGAUAGAGCAGCAGAAAACAGGAAUUGAGCUGUCGAUUGAUGAUAUUGCCAAUAGGACAGCGUUUCAGCCGCAGGAUGUGUUGCACACAUUACAGAAUCUCAAUGCGCUCAAGUACUAUCAUGGACAAUACGUUAUCGUAUUGAGUGACACUGUAAUUAAGAACGCAGAGAGGGCAUUCAAGAAGAAGAAGCGUGAGAUUGAUCCUAAGGCACUAAUCUGGAAGCCAAUCCACUUUACAGCCACGCAGUUGCGAUUUUUGUAACAAUUUACAGGUUCAGUUUUUAGUUGAAAUAAAAGUAAAACAAGCAGUCA